AUGACCAGCACGGCAGAUCGUUCCGAAGUGGUGCGGAUUCCUGUGUCGACCACGAGCUCGGCAUGCAUUGAACUGGAAUGCGACUGGGGCGUCGGUAUCGGGGGGUCUCUAUGGACGAGUGGGCGCUUGCUCGUUGACUACAUGGCUCGAAACACCCACGAACAGAAGGAUCUCGUCGGCCGCACAGUUCUCGAGCUGGGAAGUGGUACAGGGCUGGUUGGGCUUGCCAUGGCCCACAUGGGCCCAAGUCGGGUUAUUGUGACGGAUCUCGACACGCAUGUAGCAUCUAUGGAGCGCAACCUUGAACGGAAUGCUUCGUUGUUUCCAUCGGCGACCAAGGUCGAAGUCGUUGCAUUGGACUGGACCACGUUCACCGCCGCUGACGCAAAUGCCUUGAAGCCAGUGGACUUGAUCGUCGGUACCGACAUCGCCUACCUUCCCGAAUUUUAUGAACCUCUACGACGGACGUUGGAGCUGCUGGUAAACCCAUCGUCGACGCGCAUCUUGCUCGGCCUCGGUCGCCACGACACGGACAUGCGCUUCUUCCGCAUGCUUGUGGACGCAGGAUACGAAUACUACAAGAUCUCAGACGACUUGGUCGGGCCAGAGUACCGCGGCAAGGACUUUGGUCUGUUUGAUAUUCGAAAAGCCGGCGCAUUUGACGACAGCACAAGCCAUUAAAGGAAAAUGUCGAGCUAUCUGUUCAA